GCUCACACCCCUCUCUGGGUCUGGGGACCGACCUGCCCUGGCUCACUCCCUCCUGCCCGCCAUCCCUGGCCGAGGCACCUGUUCCUGGUGGCGCAGCUCCUGGUGGCGCAGAGCGCGGGCCCGGGCAGCGCGGAAAGCAGGGCGGAGCAGGUCCUAGGAGGCCAGCUUCGCAGCGCACCUGGUGCUGAGCGAGCGUGUCCUGGAGGAGGAGAAGGCGAGGAGAGGCCCAGGAACAAUGGAAUCCAAAGAUCAAGGAGUAAAAAAUCUCAACAUGGAAAAUGACCAUCAGGAAAAGGAGGAAAAGGAAGAAAAGCUGCAAGACGCUGACAAAAGGGAGCCUCCUGUGGCCCUGCCUUUGGAAGCUGGCGAUUACUGCGUGCCUAGAGGAAGUCGCAGGCGCUUCCGUGUUAGGCAGCCCAUCGUGCACUAUAGAUGGGACCUGAUGCAUAGGGUUGGAGAGCCCCAGGCAAGGAUGAGAGAUGAGAACAUGGAGAGGAUUGGGGAGGAUGUGAGACAGCUCAUGGAGAAGUUGAGGGAAAGGCAGCUGAGCCAUACUCUGCGGGCAGUUAGCACUGACCCCCCUCACCAUGACCAUCAUGAUGAGUUUUGCCUUAUGCCCUGAACACUGAAGUUCUACUGAGGAUAAUAUGGGGACCCCUGCUUACAAAACUUACAUGUUUGUGAUGUACUGUUGUAAAAUUUUCGAGGUUACUUCUUUCAUGUGGAUCUCUUCCGGUUGCCAGAUUCUAAUUAGAAUUUGUGUUUUGACUCUCUGUAAUUCUUGUUAGCAGAAUUUAUCAGUUGCAUGGAAAGAUGCUCAUAUAUUGUGAGGCGAAUAAAGCAGAUUGAAAAGGCA